AUGUACCUCGCCUGCUCACAGAGCCUCACUGUGACGAGAACGCUGGAGCUUCUGAUUCGUCUGGUUUCCCGUUCGACGAGCGAGAUUCGAAGGACUUGGGCCGAAGACAUGUGCCAGUCGCACCACUUCAAGCGUCUUAUGGAAAUGGUCAUGCAGCAAGGCGACAAGCGGGUCAAGGGGCUCUAUGCUCAAGCAAUGCGACCAAACUCGACUGAUGGAGACAGUGACAUCCUACUCAGAGGCUUGCAGUGGUGGCUUGCUCAAGAAGCCCAGCAGGUGCAACUCUUGCAGGAUGAAAUCUCCGCGGAGGAACGCUUUUACAUCGGCAAGAUCCUUUACGGCUGCCUGUCAUGCGUAAAGUCGGUGCAGGACAGUGCAGCAGAAGCGAGCCCUCAUGCUUGCACAGAUGUAUUUGAGAGGAGACACGGCCUUUGCUGGCUCCUCCUCUGGCAGAUGUUGCCAGCUGAGCUGUUGAAUCAUUGUUUUUGUGGACGUGUGGCUUGUCAUGCGACAUGCAAGGCCAUGAAACCAGAACACGCACAGGGUGUAAGCCGCAUUCGAAAGCUGCAGAUUCAGGGCGCGUCGGACGCUCGGAAAGGCUCCGGAGACUGCGAACUGCAGAGGGCAGAGUCUUUACACUUUACACUCCAAGGCCUGGGAUUGCUGUCGAGUGCAUACCACUUCCACCGCUGGUGGGGAACGCCGCAGCCCAAAUUUCAUAACAAAGCGGCUGGGAAGAGUUGGUGCCCCACUGCUGAGGUCAGAACGCAGGUGAAGUUGUGGCAGCAGGACCUCUGCCCAACCAGUCCUUGCGUACCACUUGAAAUUCCAGUGGUGGCUCUCAUGAUGCAGGACAAGGAGCAGCCGAUUUACAUCUGGAUUUCGCACAGCGAGUCGGAGCUGGACCAGCCUGUGGAGCGCCGCGAGGUCCCUCCCUGCGUGGUGGUGAUGUGCCACACAAAGCCGAUGCCGAAACGCGGCGAGGACCGGGGAGAUGCGGGAGGAGCUGGGUUGCACCAAGUCCAGAGUUUCCAUGGUGUCAUGUUGUGUGGGCAGGAGAUGGCGCAUCGCUACGAAGGGACCACGGCUGACAAGAGCCUGGACUUUGCAGACUCCAUCUACUAUCAGGUGCAAUUCAUGGGCGGGCGCGCCAUCCAACCGUUUGUGGAGCAAGAGGAUGCAGAGCUGCUUCAGGACGAGCCGCCGCGUGUGGUCCUGAAGCUCCUCUGCACCAACAUGGUCAUGAAGGACAUGACAGAGCAGAAGGUGAAGCUCAAUUGCACUGCUGCCUUUGCCAUCAUUCCCAACCGGAGCCAGACCGUGGCAGAGUUCAUCUUCAAGCAGGUCGAGGACAUUGAAGAGGAGCUGCUACAAGAGCUGGCACAAGCCAAGGGAGAGCAGGAGCAGACACUUGAAACAUGUGCCGACAAAGGUGCUCUUGCUGAACUUCCUGAAGAGAUGGUAAUCCUACAGCAAGACCCUUCCAAGACCGUCUUGUACCAACAGGAUGUUUUGCGCUGGGCCCGUGCUGCCCGGAUGGCAGGGAAGACUCUUGAGGGCAUUGGAGACGGUUCUGUGGUCAACGGCGGACAGGACAUCGAUGCCUCCAAGGACGACAACGCUGAGGCAGCUGCUGCUGCGGCCUUGCGCGGCUCAAGUUCCUAUGGACGUGUUGCUGAGAAGCUGCGACCCAUCCAGCGAUUCUUUGCGCUGUGUUUGGUUGCUAUGACAAAGGCCAGUUUGUCGCGAAUGUCUGACGCCAGACAGCGACUCAUUGAGCUGAUGGAUUCCUUGGACUCCUACACAGCACAAGCCAUCUGUGAGGCGAUCUUGGAGCUUCUGACAAUGCCCAAGAACAUUGGCCUCUUCUCGAAGAGCAGCACAGACAAAACGCUCAUGAGCAUGGAGCAGACGUUUCAACAGCCGGAGUCUGCCGAGCGAUCGCUCAUCGCCUUUGCCGCUUGGCUCUGCUUGGAUGAUGCAGAUAUCCUCUGGAAGUAUCUCAAGCCGGACUCCCGCAUCGCAGAGGAUGGCCUGAAGGCAAUUCGUUCUGGACACGAAAAGUUGCUGUCCAGACCCGACACGAGCAAGGAGCAGAAGUCAAAGAUUUUCGCAAUCAUCCGACAAGGGAUGCGAUUUUCCAUCAUCUCCACUGACACCUUCACACAAGGGGUCAUGAGCAAGGGCACGGGAAGUGGUAAGGACAAGCAUGGGGCCAGCACGAUGCACCAAGUUUUGCGGCCCAUGGAUUCAAGCUUGGAAGCUGUGGGGCAAGAAGAUGCGCGUGACACCGGGGAGCUCUUCUUUGACUUGAACCUGUGCUUCAGUGCGGCUUCCGUCUUGAAGUACAUCUGCUGCACCACCAGCCCGGAGGAGCAUUCACAGCUUAUCCAAUUGGAGGUAGUGCCAAAGAUGAUGCGCAUCCUGAGUGUCAUUCGAGACUUCCUGCCAAGGUUUGCCAACUCCAAAGCCAAUUUCAAUUAUGACAUCCCGGGCUUCUGCACAAAUCCGCAGACCAACACGCUCUACAAGUCAGUCUACCGGCUGCUCCCCUACACUGCGAGCACCCGGCUCUUCCGAGAGAUUUGUGGUUCGAUUUCGAACUGCUGCCAGUGUCUGUCCAACCUCAUGCAAGACCAGUUCGCCACAACCAAUUGCAUUCCGCUGAUCCAGAUGCUGGCAUUUGAUGAGGGCGACGGCUUGCGCGACUUGUAUGACAUGCUUCGGAAUGUGGAAGUCGACAUUGGCAUCAAUGACCAGUCCCUCCUGGCUGAUUUGCAUCCUGACAUCACCCUCAUGGUUGAGUCUCUACGAGCAAUCACCAUGAACUGCAACAGAAAGAUGAGAUCCAGAGUGCUCGAGGUAAUGUACACCGCGUUGCAUCCGUAUGGCCCGGUCUUGCCAAGGAGGAACUCCAAGAAACAGGACAUCAAAGAGCUGAAUCACGACUACCGUAUCCUCACUUACUUGAAGAACUCAGGGCCUGAAGCUGACGAGAAGCGAGAGCAUUUCUUCCUGCCCUCCCGGAUGGUGGAAGAGGGGCUGGAUGUCCUUCCCAUAGAUGCAUCCUUCCGCAUUGUUCGGAAACAGCAGGACGACCACCUGCGCCUGCGAUACGAAGAAGUGCGUGAGCUGAGGAACGCAAACAUGCAAAGACGCCGCCGCGUCUGGAACUGGACGGACAAGGGAGGUGCAGACACACCUCCAAGGCCUUUGAAGGAUAUGAAGGAGCUCAAGGAGCAGAAGGGCUGGGCAUUCCUGUCGUUCAUCAUGGAAAUCGAGGAGGAAGACCGCAGCAAGCGUGUCAGCUCCAAGCCGGAAGAGAGCCUCGAGGAGUCUAUUGCCGGCAGCAUAAAGGGCACGGAGGUCUCGCAAGCAGUCUCAGCUGCUACCUCAAACAAUUCUGCGCACACUUGCUCGUGCCAGACUGCUCCUCCACUUCUAGACGAGGACUUCGUGAGAAUUCAGUUGGAGUCAUUCCUGCCUUUGCUCAUGCCCUUCAAAACAAACAGUGCGGCGAACGCUGGUCUUCUGACAAUUUCACCUUAUGAGGUGAACACUCCUGAGCGCCGAGAAGCGGCGCGCCGUGCCAUCAUGAUGCCGGACGUCUUCCUUUCCAGGGACCUGGUGCCCGAGUUGGUGCCAUGCUGCCAGGUCGCGACCACCACAGAUCUUCUGAGCACCCUCUCAGCUCACACUUUGUACCUCCUCACCAUGGCCUUCGCGCGGCCAGAGCCUGCCGACUCCACGGAGGAGGCAGAUUCCAUGAUCAAGCUGGGACAGUUCCAGCAAGUCUUGGAGCAAUUUCGAAAGAAGUGCACCACUGGGACCGCAGAGGAGAACCUGGGAGGAAUCAGGGUGAUAGUGGACGUGCUGUGGAAGCUGUUCACACGCAGGAAGACGGUCGUGAGCGAGGAAGAAUACAAAGAGUUUGCUCAGAACAAGGACAGCUUGCAGAAGGAUCCAUACUAUUGGGUGAAGUUUGUCCAGCGCAUUCUGGAGCUUCUGACAGACCUGUGCAUUGGCCCGGAUGGCAGUGCCAUCAACGAGAUUCAGGACUUCAUCACCCAGGAGCUGAUACAGACCAGCGAGGCUUUGAGCAUCCGACGACGUCCUGCGCCAGAGUGCUGGGACAACGUCUGGGCAAAGACCCGGAUCACUGUGGACGAUCACAUGCAAGCUCGGGCUGAGAUCGAAAGAAAAUCAGGUUUCGUCGGCAGUGGCAAGGGCCUGCAGCAACUCAUGAGCCAAAAGGAUGAGUUCACUUUGUUGAAGCUCGGCACUUCCAUCUUCUUUGACAACUUUGAGAAUGCUUUGGAGCAGGUUCAAGCGCCUGAAACUGAAGAUGAGGAGGACUUGGCGCAACAAGUGAGGAACAUGGUGCCGCGAGUCUUGUGGAUGCAGCAGCGGGCGCAGCCACCUCGCUACGAAGGGCGUGGGUACUUCCGUGAUGAUUUAGAGUUCCUUCAGCCCAACCAGAUGAUCCAGCCAUGCAGAUUUCUUUACUUUGCUCUGGUGAAUUUGUUGGCCCACCUCACGGCAGAUCGCAACAUGGACAACUCGCAGCUGCUUCAGGGUGUGAUUCCGCCGAGUGUUGUCCGUGGCCAGCUCAUCCAGCGAGAGGUCCUGCGCAAUGCGGGGUUGGUUUUCUGUCCCUCGCAUCUGGCAGAGCGACGCCGUCAACAAGGCCAGAUCAACGAGAGCCGUGAUGCCGCAGACUUGAGCGACCUGGCAGCGCUCUCCUCCCACACAGCCUUGCUUCUACAUGCCUUCCUGGGCCAACCACCCUUUGCUGACGAGUCCGUCCGCAGCUCUGUGAUCACGCAGGUGUACCUGGAUGGCACGCGGGCAGACGAUGAUGACAGCGCGUUCGAGGAGCUUCCAGGGGGCGGGUCGGCACCCCUGACGCCCACUGACUUGCAAAGGCUCUGCCACAUGUGCUCGUGGCAGUUCGCCUCACUGGCAGAGCUCUGCAGAGACAUGGCGAGUCCCGGGCUGCCACCACCGCGGACAGACUUCUCAGACUGCAUGGGGCAUUUGGUCAGCGUGCUGAGCAUGCUGUUGUCGAAGCUCAUAGGUUUGGGGUACUUUGAGCGCUUCCGCAUGGAAGCUGAACAACGGCGGCAACAGAGGCAAGAACGUUUGGACCGGGGGCUCCAGGUUAACAAUGAUGAUGGGGACGAUGGCAGCAUACAGAGCUAUCAGAUUCGAUGGGUGACCGAACUCUUCAGCGCCAUGCACCGGCUGCUUCAAGUGCACAAGAGCCUUGGUACGGACUUGUACCUGGCAGCCCUGAAAGACAUCUGUCGCCUGCUGAACAUGUGCUGCUCGCUUUGCGUGAACACCCACGUCACGUUGUUUAUGGAGACCUUCCGCGAAUUCCUGCCUCUCUCUGUCAAAGACAUGGCUCUUGGCAUUCAUCGCCCUCCACACAUGCAGAGCAGCCCCGAGGAUGGGGUAGAUCGUGGCAAGCCGAUCACAGUAGAGGCCAUUGAAGAGGUGCCAAGCUAUGUGGUCGUAGUGUCAGAUUUGGCGCAAGUGGCGCUCCCCUGGCAGCCACCAGAUUCAGGUGACCGGGCCUGCAGACAGGCGCUGGCGUCAUUCGUUCAAGUGCUUCUGGAUUUCAUGGCCAUGAAUGACUCCGCGUUGGCCAUCGCGGCAGUCAUGCUGCUGUCUCGCCUAUGUAGACGCCGGAAGGACUUUCUGGAGACAAUCCAGCGGCUGCAACUCUUGUAUGUCGGUGACGAACCGAAAUUCGAAGCCUUGGAGCCAUGGGUACAGGAAGCCAACCGACAGCUGGACUUGGUUCACAAAGUUGGUAAGGAGUUUGAGGAUGUGAUGGACCACGUCAGAGACUCCAACAUGGAGGUCUACACGGUGGGCUUUGCUGACAGCAUUGAGUGGAGUGAGGAUGCUACGGCCUCAUGCGUCGACGAUUUGGGUGAUCGCAAGACUGUUGAGAAGCAGCCUCAAGACUCCCGCACCAUUGAGUACACGGACAAGCAUCAGGCAAGUGGCGUUGUCGUUCGCCUGUCUCAGUCCAGCAUGGCGCUGAUUGAUGGCAAGGUCGUCAAUGUCGACUUUUACAUCAAGUCUGUGUGUAAGACGGGCGAAGAAGACGACAACGAGGGCGAGGAUGCUCUGCUUGCGCCAAUCUAUGUGGGCGCUAUCUCCUCCAAGUAUGUGGGAGAGGACAACAGACUGACAGGCGACAGACGGGCUCAAGCGGCCGAGGGGUUCUUUGGCUGUGACGAGUUUGGCCACCUUUACAUUAGCGGACAUCGAACCGAAGACAAAUUCGGCGGGUUCAAGAAGGGCAGCACCGUGGGCGUUGAGAUUGACUACACGGAUGAGGCGAAGCGAGCUAUGUUCAUCGUGGUUGACGGGUUCCGAGUGGGGGCAAUUCGACGUGAAGUUGAUGAGGGAAUGGUGCCGUGCAUCAUCUUAAAUGGCAUGGGGCAGGUGGUCCGAGUCAAUGUCGGGCGACCUCGCCGUGGAAAGGGGCUGCUCGUCAAGCGAGAGGAUACCAUCCAAGAAGAGUGGCAGUCCCUGUACAAAGAUCAUGCAGAGCCCGACACAACGGUGUUGCACCUGACCUAUCAAGUUGGCAAGGACCAAUGGUACACCCGCGUGAAGUCUGAUGAGGCAGGCAAAGCUUUCAAGGAAGAUUGCAUCUAUGAGGGAUGGAACUCGGCGUUUGCGGUGCAGCUCAAGGAUGAGCAGCUUGCGAAACUCGAGAAGAUAAAAGCGUUCUCCAGACAUUUUCAAGUGGACUCACGCCGUGUCAGCAUCUGGUGCAUAAAUGUCACGCUCACGGGCAUGUUCAUCGAUGGUGCCCAGAUCUGGCGCAGCCAUCACCUGGCGCAGCAGAAGGCCUGGAUGUCGUUCUACACCGACAAGACAGGCUCUCAUUAUCGCAAGGUGGCCACAGACUGGAAAGAAGCCCCCCGCGAUGACAACAUGGAAGAGGAGACCCAGCAGGCCAUCCUUCACAUGAUCUUUACAUGCCUGCUGCAGGCUUCGCAAUGA